AUGGCUGCCAGAAACAGAAUUAUCGAAUACCAAAGAUUGUACCAAAACUCCACCAAACCAUUGUGGACUAGACACCCAAGAUCCGCUAUGUAUCUCUACCCAUUCUACGGUUUGUUUGCCGUCUCCAUGGUUGUCCCAUUGGUCUACACUGGUAGAGCCAUCCUCGGUAUCAAGGACCCAAAGAAAUAA